AUGUUGUUCUCCAAAGUCAUCUUCGCUGCUCUUACAUUUUUUGGUGCUAUUCUGCCUCACACUCUUGCUGUCCGUUACGAUUCUGGAGUAAUCAACAAAAUCAUGACUCAUUAUGGUGACGACAUCAUUGUGGUCAACGACAACUUUGAAAUCUGUGAUGUUGACAUUGAAGUAGACUUUGAAGGGUGGGUUGCCACUGGUCACCUGGAAAUCGACGUUACAUUCCAGAGCGCUGUUAAAAAUUUUGGUGCGCGUAGAUUGGCAAACACUCUAUGUGAUGCUGUUGGUGAAGCACAUGUAGUUUUCGAUGAUGAUGGAAGCCCCAAUCCGAUUGGUUGCAGUUCGAACCUUGUGAAUGAUGGAUCUGCUAUUCAACCAGCGGAAACCCUUGACUUUUAUAAUGGCUUGUCUUCACAAGGCAACUGGCGACUGGAUUUGAAAAGACUCUUUUUCGGUACACUAAAUCAAUGGGCAUUGAUUCUCACCCCUUGUACCAACAGUCCAACAGCAUCUCCCACUGAUGCUUCAAGUGAUGGAGCUGGGACUGGCGAUCCCCACUUCAAGACCUGGGCAAACAAGUGGUAUGAUUUCCAUGGAGAAUGUGAUUUGGUCUUCAUCAGUAACCCAAAGUUCUCCCAAGGAACUGGACUGGAGAUCCACAUUCGCACCAAGGCCCGCUUCCAGUACUCCUUCAUUGAGUCUGCUGCUGUCCAGAUCGGAACUGAUAUCUUGGAGGUUGGUGCCUAUGGUGGAUACAUGUUGAAUGGUAUCUCCAAUGCCGAGCUGGAUAAGAUGGAUAAGUACACAGUCUCUCAUGAAAAGGUCAGCCCCAAGCAAGAUGUAUUCACGAUUGAACUUGGAAAAGGCAAGCAAAUUGUGGUCCAGUCCUUCAAGGAUCUCGUCAGUGUCAAGACAGUGGGUGCCAGCUUGGAGGAAUACGGCGAUAGCAUGGGUCUUUUGGGAGAAUUUGGUUCCGGUAAGUGGCUUGCCCGUAAUGGAACAGUCAUUUCCAAGGCUGAUGCCUUUGGAAUGGAAUGGCAAAUUCUGGAGUCGGAACCCAAGCUUUUCCAAACCCAGAGGUCCCCCCAGUGGCCCAUGCAGUGCACUAUGCCGAAUAAUGAGAAGGUUGGUCGUCGUGGACUUGGUGAAUCCAUUGCUGAGGCUGCUGCUGAGAAGGCCUGUGAGCAUUGGGGAGACCUCAAGGACCAGUGUGUCUAUGAUGUCAUGGCGGCUGGAGACUUGGAGCUGGCCGAGGCUGGAGCAUUCUAA